UUUGAAGAUGUAGAUAUUCUGCAGCAGCUGGGUCUCUCUGAGCAAAGGGCAGAUGGGGCGACAUCUUGGAGCUCUCGCUCUGUCCCGAAUGGCAUCAUCCCCUUCAAGUCUGGCGUUAUACUCACCCCGAGGGCACGCAUCCAGGUGCCUCUGCGCACUGUCAUCCCUGCUUCCUAUACCACGACCAACCUCUCCCUGAUUCUCAGUCUGUCUGUUCACCGCAUCAACAGUGCCUUUCUUUUUUCCAUUGUGUCCAAGAGAGGGAAAGUGCAACUCGGUGUGCAGUUUAUACAGGGUAAGGUCCUUGUUUACGUGGGCCACAGAAACUCUGUCACAUUCGACUAUGAUGUAUACGACGGCCGGUGGCACAGUCUGGCCUUGGAGGUGAAAGGUCUCAGAGUGUCCUUGCAUACAUCUUGCGGAAACAGAAGCCUCCAUGCAGAUUUGCGUGCCAAAAAAGUGGAGGCGCUUGAUCCGAAGGGCUUGUUCCUACUUGGGAAAACAAACCACAAUGCAGUGCCUUUUGAAGGCGCUAUCUGCCAGUUCGACAUGUAUCCGUCAGCAGAGGCAGCUCAUAACUAUUGUAAUUUCAUUAAGAGACAUUGCAGAGAAGCCGACACAUAUCGGCCUGUCUUCGCACCACUGCUACCUCUAAUUUCCAUAGAACCAAACAUGACUCAGACAAAAGCACCGGCAUUUACCGCGCUAUCACAGAAGACCUCAAAACCUACUUCAUUCUCAGCUGAGCAAUCUACUGUUGUAACAACUGAUCAUUUGCUGAUUGAGAAUGAACCAUCUGUGUAUUGGACCCUUGAACCGACUGUUGCUGCUGUGUCCGUCAGUAAAGCAGAACAUCCGGUGUUGGAAAGACCAACUGUCAUCACAUCUGUCUGGACCAGUACGACACCACCAACGAAGGAACUAAAUUUUCAAACGGGUGACGACACAAAGCGUACAGAUGCAGACCCUCUUCUUGGACAAGGAUUUAAGGAUGUAGCAACCUCUACAAGACCACUAGAAACUAAAGUUUGGACCCAAAGCGAGUCCACAACGUACUUGCUCCAGAAUGAGCAACUGUCCACCAAAAAACCCGAGCCCAAUGUAACCAGUGUACAGGACAUCAAAACCAAGCCAGUUAUACCCAUCACUCCUGAAGCCUUAGAUGACUUCCAAACAUUUGACCUGGAACCAACCCUUGUCUCACUGUUGGCGGGACCACCUGGGCUGAAGGGAGAACCAGGACCUCCGGGCUUUCAAGGACUUCCAGGUUUGCCAGGAAAAGCAGGGAAGCGGGGCCCACGGGCUUCAGAUUCCGUCAUCAGAGCGCCUGUAUGGGGGAAGAAGGGUCUGGAACCAGGAGGUUCUUUGACUUUUCUCCCCCACAAGCUGACAAGUGAAUGCUGCGUCCAAGGUCCCAUUGGCCCACAUGGAAACCCCGGUCAGCCUGGAUCACCUGGAUUGAAGGGAGAUAAAGGUGAUCCUGGUCUGUCACUUGGACAAGCCCCGAAUGGACCAAAAGGAGAGUCUGGGGUCAAAGGUCCUGCUGGAGCGCCUGGCCAAUAUGGGCGAAAGGGACAAAAAGGUCAUCCUGGUCCCGCUGGUCUGCCUGGUGAACCUGGUGAAAAAGGAGCAGACGGAAGCCCCGGGGUCAAAGGUUAUCCUGGCAGGCAGGGUUUACCUGGGCCUAUAGGUGAAAUGGGGCCAAAGGGAGACAAGGGCCACAUCGGCAUCCUCGGGCUCUUUGGCCUUCCUGGUCCUGAUGGCGACAGAGGAAUUCCAGGCGUACCUGGGAAGAAGGGCGAGAUGGGUAGGCCGGGAUUUCCUGGCGACUUUGGAGAGAGAGGACCCCCUGGCCCUGAUGGAAACCCUGGUAACCUUGGAGCUCCUGGCCCGCAUGGAGUCUCUGGUCUAUUUGGCGAGAUGGGUCCAGCUGGUAGUAUGGGUUUACCAGGACCACCAGGACUUAAGGGAGUGCCGGGAAACUUCGGUGAACCUGGACUGAAAGGUGAUAAGGGAGAUGUUGGCUUGCCAGGAGACCCAGGCGAGGCAGGGUUCAGAGGGGACAAGGGCAUCCAAGGGGCACCCGGUACACCAGGACCUUCUGGAAAUGUAGGCCCAACGGGUCAACCUGGUGACAAAGGCCCAGAUGGUACAGCUGGCCCGCCUGGCCUAGAGGGUUUCCCAGGUGACAUCGGCCCACCGGGUCAAAACGGCCCAGAGGGACCAAAGGGGAGGCAAGGCACACGAGGGUUUCCUGGUCCGCAAGGAACAUCUGGACUCAAUGGCGAUGAGGGGCUGGUCGGGCCAGCUGGACCGUUUGGAAUUGAGGGCAGGCCUGGGAGGCAAGGAUUCCCAGGAUUUACAGGCCUGGACGGACUCAAGGGAGAGACCGGGAUUACCGGAGAGGUCGGGAAUUUUGGAGAGAGGGGUUUGCCUGGCUUCAUAGGGACUACUGGGGAAAUAGGCCUUGCUGGAGAAAUGGGUGAUCGUGGGAAAACAGGCAUUCCCGGACCUCCAGGGGAAUCGGGGCCGAUGGGUCACACUGGAAUACCUGGAGAGACAGGUCCGCCUGGGAUGGAAGGAAUCCCAGGACCUCUCGGCUUGAUGGGAUCAGGUGGCACCAGGGGACCCAAAGGUGUGGAGGGAAAGCUUGGCGAGCCUGGUGAAACUGGGCCAAAUGGAUUUCCGGGCGUACAAGGACACUCUGGCCCUCCAGGGGACAAAGGUCUUGCUGGAAACACAGGAGCAGCCGGGCCUCCAGGAACAGUGGGGGCAACAGGAGAGAUGGGACCCUUGGGUCUACCAGGAAAAGCUGGUGAUGGAGGACUGUCUGGUGAGCCUGGAGAGAAGGGCAACAAUGGUCCACUGGGCAACAUAGGAGAGCAGGGUCUGACUGGCCAGAGAGGUGAGCAAGGCAUCGACGGUGAGACUGGAUCAAGUGGUCCCGAUGGCAUUAAGGGUGAGAAAGGUGAUACCGGAACAGAGGGUGCCAAGGGAGACACGGGUGAAAUUGGUCAGAAAGGAGAGGAAGGACCCUGUGGGCCUCCUGGGCUAUCGGGGGUGAGGGGCCAAGAGGGCAAAUUAGGCGUAAUCGGUGAAAAAGGAAAAGCAGGAGGCAAGGGGACCAAAGGACACCAAGGUCACAUGGGUGAGAGUGGGAAAAUGGGAGAUCAGGGAACGCCGGGAUUUGUUGGACUGAAGGGUGCAAGAGGAACCAUAGGUCCAGUGGGAGUUCCUGGAAGAAUGGGCCAGAUUGGAGAAACGGGAAUACCAGGCUAUGAGGGUCACAAAGGACUUCAAGGCUCACAAGGACCACAUGGACCAAAAGGUGAAAAGGGUGAGCAAGGGGAAGACAGCAAAUUACCAGGCCCACCAGGUCGCCAAGGUGACAGAGGUCCUCAAGGUAACAGAGGUGAUAGAGGAGAAGCAGGUGACCCUGGAUAUGUUGGUCCAAUAGGGUUUGAUGGAGAGAGAGGUAAAACCGGUGCACCAGGACUUCCGGGAGAUGCUGGGCCCAGAGGACAACAAGGACCGAAAGGCUCCAAAGGUGAACAAGGUCAGAAAGGAAAAUCUGGGACUAGAGGAACAUCUGGGAGUAAAGGACCACCGGGUCCAGAGGGUCCCCACGGCUCCCGAGGCGAGACAGGAAGGAUGGGUCUUGAGGGCCUCCGUGGAAUAGAUGGACUGCCUGGCGAAGAUGGAAUCAAAGGCACCAAAGGGGGGCAGGGAGAAGAUGGAGUAUUGGGGCUAGUUGGAAAACCUGGGCCGCAGGGUAAAAGUGGUGAAAUGGGUCUCCCUGGAGUUCAAGGUUCUUUUGGACCAAAGGGCGAACGGGGUCUCCCAGGUCAAACUGGACUUUCAGGAAUGAGAGGAACCCUCGGCGGUGUGGGAUUGAUGGGAAACCAAGGUGUGAAGGGCUCCAAAGGGCAACCAGGGGACCUUGGCGAACAAGGAUUUGGAGGGCUGGCAGGUCUGUUUGGACCAAAGGGACCCCAAGGAGACAUGGGCUCAACAGGAAUACAGGGACCUAAAGGACCGCAAGGACUGACAGGUAUGGAUGGAGCAUUGGGCCCUGUUGGAAUCAUUGGCCCCAGCGGCCAUCCUGGACUGCAAGGUGACAAAGGAAGUCAGGGGGACAUGGGCUUACCUGGACCAAGGGGGUCACCUGGGCCACGUGGACCACCAGGACCUCCAGUAAGUUUUUCACCUUGCAUGCUAACAAACUUAUUAUUGGAUGCGCUUGGGUCUUCUUUUCAAGUUAUCAUUGAUUCCUACAUUCCACUAGGGCCAGAGCGGAAUUACCCGAAUGUGGACUUUCCCAUGCUGGACCAAGGUACAGAGAUUUUUAGGACUUUAGAGCGUCUCAGCUCUCUGAUCCAUAAUCUAAAGAACCCACUUGGGAAGCGGAAUAAUCCAGCCCGAAUCUGCCGAGACCUCUUCAACUGUGAGCAAAGGAUGCGUGAUGGCACUUACUGGAUUGAUCCAAAUCUGGGCUGCGAUGCCGACACCAUCGAGGUGACUUGCAACUUCACUGCUGGAGGACAGACUUGCUUAAAACCUGUCACCGUCUCCAAGGUGGAGAUGGGAAUCAGUCGCAUCCAAAUGAACUUCAUCCACCUUUUAAGCACUGAGGCUGUGCAACAUAUCACGGUCCACUGCUUUAACACGCCUGUGUGGGCAGCAGGACCAUCCUUGCAGCUCUACAGCCAUGCUGUGAGUUUCAAAACUUGGACAGGGGAGAGAAUUCAAGCAGGAGAUCUUCUGGAACCACUUGUGCCCAGAGAUGACUGCUGGAUCAAAGAUGGCCGCUGGCGUCAGACCCAGUUUGUGUUCCAGAGUCAGGAGCCAAAUUUGCUCCCCAUAGUGGAUAUUUCCGACCUACCAACAACAGGACCCAAUUCACGUUACCACCUUGAGGUUGGGCCGGUUUGCUUCUUAUAA